AUGGGUCAUUGCCUGAAAAUGUGGAAAUACAGAACAAACACCCUGUUCUUCAAAGGGACUGUGACCUAUGACCUUGCGGGGACUUAUGUCUGUGAAGCUACCAAUGCGAUCGGCACAAGAUCGGGUCUCGUUGAGGUCAACGUAACAGAAUCCCCUCAAAUCCUACCACCUGACAAAGGCAAAAGCAGAGCGCCCGAGGAUGGCAUCCGAGACGGCAACAACAACAACAAUCUCUUGAUUGGAGCCAUCGUGGGAGGUGUCGCGCUCGUCAUCCUCAUCGCCGUCGUAGCUUUCAUCGUCCUCCGCAAAAGGCAACAAACCUUCAAAGGAGACUACAGCACAAAGAAACAUGUGUUUGGCAAUGGGUACAGCAAGGCUGGCAUCAUGACCUCUGCUCCCCAACAUGUACCAUACCAGGAAGAAUCUGAUGAGGAUAAAAAACCCUCUCCCAUCAACGUGAGCUAUGAAAAUGAGCGAAAGGUUAUGCGAGAGGGAGCAGACUUUGAUGUGGACUCCAAGCGCCCUUACUUCACUGUUGACGAGGGAGACACACAGGAUGACUUUGAUGACCGGACCCUAAGCUUCCAGUAUCAGCCUGAGCUAACGGAAGACAUGGUGUCACAGAAUGAUGGCUCCAUAAUUUCAAAGAAGGAGUGGUAUGUGUAGAGGCAGAUCUCUGGCACUAGACAGGGCUACAAUGUCCUGACCUCCUCACAGGUCAUCUCUUUGUAAAGAGUUAAUUAACCUGAGCUAAAAUCCUAACCAUUACAUUGUGGUUUAUUUUUUACAUUUCAUUAAGAAUAAAUUUUGUUCUAAAAACUUAAAAAGCUUAUGUAUAUGAUAUUAAUUGAACACAAGAAUCUCACAAUACAAAUUGGACUUGUUCUAAAACCUAAUGUCUACCAAACAGACAUCAAGUUGUGUCUCAGGUCAGGCUACCUGACCCUCUAUGACUGCAUUAACUUAGUAACCAUCAUUUAUUAUUAAGCACUGACUAAAGCUGGACACACUAUUAACUUACCAGCACUGGGUAGUGAAAAUUUACUUACCAAGUUUACUUUUUCUUGGUAAGAAAUAACUGUUCCCUUUGCUAAUAUUGAUUUGUUGAUCAAUAACUGUUACAAUUCAGAGAAUGAGCUUUGUGCUUCAGUGAAUGGUCCUUAAUAUCCAGUCAGUAAAUGGUUAAAAUUGCUCCAUGAUUUGUUGAUGAGAUAAAUACUUUCUGAAUCCUAAUUUUAUUUGAAUCGCACACCACAAUACUGCCACAAUAAUUCCCAAUUGGGUGUUUAAAUGACAUGGUACCUUUAAGUCAAAGAUUUAUUGUACAGUUCCUGGGCUUGGAAAUUAAUUUGCCUGACCUGGAGUAUUUGUUCUCUCUUUGAAUUAAAUUCUCUUCCCAUCUUACAGUAUACACAUAUGUGAGGGUUUAGUUUUUUUAUAUCUUCUCAGUAAAUGUCUUAACCACGUGCAGCCUGGCAGGAUGUUUGCAGAACCAGCCUUGAUGGCCAGCUUCUAGGAAGCAUGGCCACAGAAUAUAAAGAUGUGGAUUAAAUUGUUUGGUUUAAUCCAUGCAUGUUUCUAAAUAUUUAAAAAUGUUCUCCAUGCAGUGUGUGAUGUUGUAAACUCAAUUACGUAAAAAUAAUGAAUUUUUUAGAUUUGUAACACCAGAUUAUACUUUGAGCUGACUUUAUGCAACCUUGGUAAGAAAUUAGCUGUAUGUUGCAGAGUGAAUGUGGCAGUUGUCGCAGGCAACGCUGUGUCGUUAAAGAGUAAUUGUGUGUAUAGGAGCUUUGCUUCAAUAUAAGUGCGUUAUUUUGUUAUUUAGAAAUAACAAGUGAACAGCAACUCAGUGAGGCUUGUCUGGAGACUGAACCACUGUGUGUAUUUACAUCUGACAUGAGGCUAGCUGCCAAUGAAUUGUCAAAUCCACAUUUACACAGACUCAUCACACAAUUAAAUGGAUAUUUUUGUAAAUGGUUUGAUACUUGGGAAUUCAUCAGUGUAGAGGGAAAAGUAGCAGGAGCAGAGCUUUCACCAGCUAUGCAUUCCAAUGUUCCAACUCCUGACCUCUUCCCACUUCAUUUCUGAUAGAGUUCAAUUUAUUGCUGGUGUGUGGGCAGCAGUCCUGCACAAUCAGUGUUCCAUCUCCCACAAUAUUACCAUAAGGACAUUAUAGAGACACAAACAAGCAGACAAUUGAGCCCAUGUUCUCAGCUAAUCACACACAGAGUGUUUUUGUUGCACAAAUCUUGAUGUAUCAGCAUUUGCCUUUGUUUAACAAAGGGAGUAGAAGGAAGAUACCAGUAACUCUAAAAUGUAACACUUUAUUACUCUGGUAAAUUUAAAGACCAUCUCCAGAAUGCAAGCCAGUAGAUUUACAUGUAGCCUUGACAUUCCGUGAUCAGGAAUGCACAGCCCACACUUCAGCCAAACAGAAGCAGAUGCAAACAGAAACUGGAAACACAAAGUCAGGCAGCUUUUUACAAAACAGCCUGAGGGGAGCUGCCAAUGGCUGCAAGCCUUAGUAUGAGUUUUAACUUCUUGUUGGGUUCCUGACUUAUUAACCUUGAUCAGACAAUAGUGAGACUGAACACUAUACUACUUUUUCAGGAUUUUACUUGUGCUUUACAAAGAUUUAUUUGAAUUACAAAACUACUGUCACAGUCAGCAAAUAAUAAUAAUAAUCCUUGCAUUUGAUAUAGCGCCUUAUCAUA